AUGUCUGAUGCGGUCGUGCCUUUUAUCAAUCUCCUUGAAGUUGAACAGACGGACAAGGAGAAAAAGGAGUUUAGGAAGUUGGCAGACGAAAUUGACAGUGUGUUUGGCAGGGGUGUUGUUGUUUUUGAUGUUCAAUGUGAGUUUGGUGUUCGCUUAGAUGGGUAUCUCGAUGUGUUGGUGUUAAAAGAGAUCCCAUCUUAUACUAUCAAAGAUGCCCUCAUGGAGAAGGGUGUCGAGGUGAAGACGAGUGAUACCAGAGCAUCAGCUAGUUUCUGUCCCAUGCGCGGGAAUAGAGUGCAAGUGCCACUGUGUUUUGCUAGCGAAGAGAAUCGAUGUUACAAUGACCUCCACUGCAGCAACAUUCACUCACUCGCUGUCCUUAGAAACACAAAGCCCGUCGUCGCUAUAGCAUCCAAUGAUUAUGAAAUCUACGCGUCUAAUGGGAAUAUAAAGUUAUUGUUUACGUUGAAGGACUUUGACAAAGCUACUGGUCGUCCGGAAUAUUAUAGAAAAAAGGAGUUCUUAUUAUCGAAAUCCACACUCGACAAGCUAGAUUGUUUCCCCUUUCCAUCUCAUCAGUUUAUAGAAGAAUGUCAGGAAAAGAGACAAGAGAAUUUCAGCUCUUGCACUUCAAGUUGGCAAGGCGAAAUUGUGAGUAGUGUGCGCGGCGAAAUAACGAAGGACGAGGCUUUAAUUCUUGAGAGGGAGCAGGUCCAUAAGAAAAAGGUAGAGGUAAGGAAAAUAGCGGACGAAAUUGUUGACAAGCUUGGCCCUUGCAUGAUCAUUUUAGAUGAGCUGAGACCAUUCCGUAGGAGGACUACUGAAUAUCUCAACAUAUUCUUCCUAUCAAACACAGAAGAUCUUCGAGACGUAUCCAAAACCCCUCCUAUCACAAUAAGGCCAUUAUCUUUCAGCCCAAUGCCGCUCCUCAGAUUCAAAGCCUUGAAUUCAGAUUUCAAAUUCAUCUACAUUCUCCCAGAUACAGUCAACCUACAGUCAGCCAGGAAGCUUAAUGAUGAUUUGAAAGACGAAGUGAUGAAACUCAAAAUUGACAAUACAAGGCAUAUACUCAUGAUAGCAUCUAACGAUAAGGAAAUAUACGCAUCUGAUGGUAACGACUCCCUACUCUUCACGUUGGAAGACUUUGAUGAGGCAACAGAACGCCACGAUUACUGCGAGAAAAAGAAGCUUUUACUUCCUGAUCAUAGACUCGAGUGGCUAGACACCUCCUUAGCACUAUCACUAUAUGAAAAAGAAAAGAAUACUUCCUUCUGGAGUCCCAGAUCACAUUAUUUGCCGGACGGUGCACGUGAGGAAUUGAUGGAAAAGGAGGUGUUGGCUCUGGAAAAUGAGCAAAACAGGAAAGAGGAUGCAAUGAUGAGGAAAAUAGUGCGUACAAUCAUCGAAAAAUUUGGUCGUGAUUGUACGAUUGUUUUAGACGAACUAAGACCAUUCGGGUUUAGGUAUACAGAGUAUCCGAAUAUCUCUUUAUGCCUAUUGCUUGACGAAGAAAAUCUUCCAAAUUUCCCCAGAUCUCAUCCAAUCAGUAUUAGUGCGGUGUUUGAGGGGAUGGGUGUGAAUGCGAAGAGCAUUCAGUCUAAAUGUGCAACCAGUAUUUGCUAUGUUUGUGGUGGAAAAGCAGAGCAGCCAGUCCGACAGACGACGGCGUUUCCUCCGAUGUUAUCCAAAGAAGAACAAAUCCCAAUUGCGAUGUCGAGGGAGUUCUACUGCAAGCAUGCGCAUCACGACGUGAAUGGUAUCUCUGAGAAGCCAGACAAUUACUACCCCAGUGACUGCUAUCCUGGUACUUUUCUGAAGCGAACUGUGAACGUGGUGGAGAAUAUUAGGAAGAAAUUGAGCUAA